CUCUUGAUCAACCAGCAGCAUACAAGAUGAAGGCCACACUCCUUGCGCUCGCGGCCCUGGCUGCCACAGCGCAGGCAUUCAAAGACACCUCGCCCUUCCUGAUGGUAUCGAGUUCUCCACUCCCCAAACUCGAAUCCUCAACCGGCGGCCUAGGGCUCAGCAAAGAAGUCGUGCAAUCUACGAAAGAGAUCCUGAGCAGGUGCUCGAGUGAUCUCUAUGUCAUCUUCUCGCAGCCCGAGAUGGCGAUACAGGACAUUGCCUUCUCCCCAUUCCUGAAAUCUAUGGUCGAGCAGAAGAAAGCUGGGAACCCGGGUGUGGUUAUGCGGGAAGUGCUUGGAUUCAACGGUGCAGAGAGCAUGGAUCUCGUGCGGUACAUUCAACAGAAGUGCCGUGCUACUUUCUCGCAGAGUUUAGAGGAGAAUGGGGAGGGGAAGAGUGUUGUGUUAAAGGAGUUCCCGGCGUUGAGUGGGAAGGGAGAGGAGAGGGAGGCGCUGGUUGGUGAUCAUGAUGGCACCACAGAUGCGGCGCUUCAAAAAGAGCUCCAACAGCUCCCGCUAGGAAAGACAUACACGCUCCUCUUCCUCAGCACGGCACCUCCCUCCUCUCUGCCUGCAUCCCCUUCGCCAAUGGAAAAAGACGCCGAGAAGUCGAAAGCAAAAGAGAAAUCGAUUGUCUACCAACCCGACUUCGACAACGACGCAGUACACAUGGACUUGAAGCGCAACCUCGCGCCAUCGAGAGGCGAUGGGCCGUUUUCGGAUCAGAGGCCGCUGUUUGAGCAGUACCAGUUCUUUAACCCCGGGCUGUUUAUGGGGCUGCUGGUGGGCUUGAUAUUGGUUGCGAUAUUGAGUGUGGGGAUUAGUGCGAUUGGGAGCUUGAGGGUCAGUUAUGCGGCGUUUGAGAAGGAGAUGGGGCCGGCGGCGCAGAAGAAGGCGCAGUGA